AUGGGUCAUCGCCUAAGCAAAGUAGCGCGAAAGAAUCGAACGAAAUGCCAGUUUUGCUCUUCCGGACGCCCACCAUCAUACAAAGAUAUUGAACAUUCUGAGAAGGCUCCUGUCGAAAAAUACGACAAGACCUCGAUCAAACAAAACGAAAAGCCUUCCGUCAAACAAAUUACGUACCAAGAAGGCAUCUUUGAACAUCACCCAGACGCACACCUUCUCUUCGGUUCAACAAUGCGCAAGAUGAAACUCGCUACCGACGAUCUCGAAAUCGCACGCCGUCUUAUCACUGGUCUAGAAAAUAGAGAUGUCAAAACCCUGUAUGACGCGCUUGAAGAUGCGCAUUUCAUUCAAGGAACAGAAAACAUCACGGCUAUUGAGGUUGACAUGGAAUCCAGGGAAAGCAAAGAGGAUCUUGAACUCCUUGUUUCUAUUGAGUUUGAUUAUGACUCAGACAAACGCAAGGAGAUAAUCCUGACGCGAUAUGGGCAUGAUACUAUUGCAAGUACUCGUGGGAGCUAUUAG